AUGGCAAAGCGCGGCUCCAAGCUCCUUGCAUUGGCCUUGUCCAUUCUGGUGGCUAGGUCUUUUGUUGCACUGGUUGAGACACCGCGAGUGACCCAAACUAACAGGCAUAAGUCUCCAAGCAUAACCACGAGGACAGCAUUGGACCCUGCGAACAUGGCACAGUAUCUCGAGCCAUUCGUCACUGUGAUUGGGAUAACACUGAAGGACGUCUGGCAGGGAGCUCUGGAUGCAAACAACAACCUUCGCUUGAUUUCGAAGCAGACAGCUUUGGUGGACAUCAAGGAGGCCCAAGCACACGCAGAAUGCCUUGCGCAGACCUUGGUGGAGAGCGCCUGUACAUCAGAGAAAGCCCUCAACAUCUUCUUGCCGAACAUCUCGCUGCCACUCAUCCCCGUGAAUGGCACAGAGUUUCAGCAUUUAGUGAGCAAUGUGCUAUCGGAUGUGACCUUGACCGGGGUCUCUUCGAUUCAUGCUGAACCCGGCACGGGUAAGUCCGUUGCGGUAGUUUUAGCCAUGCUGACAUGGGCAAAACACAACCCAAAAUGCAUCACUGUUUUGGUCAGGGGAAGUUUGGACAACCUCAAGGAUUUUUUUAACGUAAAUGAGAUGAGAUUUCUGCCAGCUGUUGCAGAAAACCUUUUUCAAAUCUUGUCCGACGCGGGAGUUCGCUUGCAAUUGGUUCUUGACAACAUCUUUGACAAUGAACUCGGUGAGGAUGGGAAGAUGUUGAUGAGCCUUGCCCGCGCCGCCUUCAAAUAUGGACAAGUUGUGGUCGUCACCCAGUCGCGUGAAGUCGCUGAGGCAGUUGGUUCGCUCAAUGUGGCACGGACACGUGUAUCGCCACAGCAGAAGUGCAAUGUCCAGGAGUCGGAAGACACAGUCCAGAGAGCCUUAAAUGAAACCCUCAAAGAGUUCAAGCAGGAUGGGGCUUGG